AUGAGUCGCCCUCUUCUUUCGAACCGAACGUCCUCGGAGUUCCCGGACAGGGAUAUCGCCGAGGAAGACGCUCUCCUGACCGGUCAGCGCACCGCGCGCAACGACUCUGCGUGGAAGAAAUGGCGUGAGAUCGGACUGCUAGUAUGGGCGAUCAUAGCAACAGCAGGAGUCGUCGUUCUUGCCGUGGUAUACCAGAAGACCGGGGGAUCGCCAGACACGGCGCCCAGCAACAGCAAUGGCAAACGAAACCUCAUCUUCAUGGUGUCUGAUGGCAUGGGACCCACCAGUCUGAGCUUGACGCGCAGCUUCAUGCAGUUCCAGAACGGCGCACCCUUCAGCGAGCAGCUCACUAUUGAUCAGCACAUGAUCGGUCAGUCGCGCACACGAUCCUCAUCUAGUCUCAUCACCGACUCUGCUGCGGGCGCAACCGCCUUCUCCUGUGCGCAGAAGAGUUACAACGGCGCUAUUUCAGUGACACCUGAUCACGAGCCCUGUGGAACAGUGCUUGAGGCAGCGAAGAAGGCUGGAUACAUGACAGGCUUGGUUGUUACCACUCGCAUCACCGAUGCCACACCCGCGUGCUUCGCUGCACACGUCAACAUGCGCCAGGAGGAAGACCGCAUUGCUGAGCAGAUGGUCGGCGACUACCCUCUCGGUCGUGUUGUAGACUUGAUGUUCGGCGGUGGACGCUGCCACUUUGUCCCCAACACUACAGUGGAGCACUCCUGCAGGACCGACGACCGCGACGUGGUCGACCUUGCGCGCAAAAACGGCUUCAACUAUAUUUCUGAUCGUGCCGGCUUUGACGAUCUGAAGGGUGGUGCCAAGCUUGACUUCCCCAUGCUGGGCCUCUUCGCCGAUGGAGACAUCCCCUACGAGAUCGACCGCCGCAAUGAGAACGACAAGUACCCUUCGCUGCACGAGAUGGCUGAGGCUGCUAUGAAGGCUUUGAGCGAAGCCACCCGCGAUAGUGAUAAGGGAUUCUUUCUGAUGAUCGAGGGCUCAAGGAUUGAUCACGCCGGUCAUCACAAUGACCCUGCUGCUCAGGUCCACGAAGUCCUUGCGUACGAUAAGGCCUUCAGCAGUGUGUUGGAUUUCAUCAAACAGGAGAAAACGGAGACCGUUAUGGUCUCCACAUCCGAUCAUGAAACUGGCGGUCUAGCGACUGCUCGCCAACUUCAUACUGCCUACCCCGACUAUGUAUGGUACCCCGCUCCCCUCGCCAAUGCAUCCCACUCCGCCGAACGUCUUGCUAUCGAAUACGCCGCCUACCUUCUCUCCUCUCCAUCGCACGAAAAGAAGAAGAUCUUCGUCAUCAACAGCAUCACCGAGGGGCUUGGCAUCCACGACUACACAGAAGAGGAAGUCGAAGCAAUUACCGACGCCCCGUUGACUGCUCUGUACGGCUACGCCGACAUGAUCUCGCGCCGCUCGCAGACAGGCUGGAGCACACACGGCCACUCCGCCGCCGAUGUCAACAUCUAUUCAUCCGACCCGAAGAAGGCCGCAGCGCUAGUGGGUAACCAUGAGAACACCGAGGUCGGAGAAUUCUUGAGGAACUACCUUGAGGUCGAUGUUGAGGCUGUAACAAAGGAGCUGCGAGAAAAGGGCAAGGACCUCAAAGUGAUGGACGUCAACGGUACGGAGGUUAGCUGGAUGGGAAAGAUUCCUCAAGAGGGUGAAAGACUGGAUGGUCAGACACAUCUGGCAGACUAUACCGGUGACUUUAAGAAGAGGCACUUGCUGCACGGAAGGGCGUGCGACUGUGGUCACUGA